UUGAGAUUUUAGAUUGCCCAGCGUUUAAUUAGGACUUUCAAGACGCGACAAUCUGGAAAAGAUAAUCGAAAAUGAUCUACAGAAUGAUAUAUCCGUUAACUGUUAAUUCUGUCAUGUCCUGUGUGACAUUUUUUGUAGCGUUGAAGUUAAUUUCAGGUAUGAAAUCGCUGUUCCUUAAAGCUGGGCUAUGCGGGAAAGACCUCAACAAGAAAGACAACAAGGAGAAAGUUGCAGAGGGUUUAGGAGUUGUUAGUGGAGCAGUAUUUCUUAUUACGAUGUUUUUAUUCAUCCCAAUCCCUUUUCUCUCUAUUUGGUUUGAGAAAGGUGAUUAUGAUUUUCCACAUCAUGAGUUUGUCAUGUUCAUCACUGGCCUUCUGUCCAUCUGUUGUAUGAUCUUCCUGGGAUUUGCGGAUGAUGUUCUUGAUCUCAGGUGGCGAGACAGGCUUCUUCUGCCGGCAAUGGCAUCUCUUCCCCUCCUCAUGGUCUACUGUGUCAAUAUUGGUGUUACAACAAUCAUUGUACCAAAACCCAUCAGAUUCAUUUUUGGCUUUGAUGUAGAUCUAGGAAUAUUAUACUAUGUUUAUAUGGGAAUGUUGGCAAUAUUCUGCACAAAUGCAAUCAAUAUCUUGGCUGGUAUCAAUGGUGUUGAGGCAGGACAGUCGCUCAUCAUUGCAGUCUCCAUUUUGAUGUUUAAUUUCAUUGAGCUCCAAGGAACUUGUUGUUGGCAGGCUCAUUUGUUCUCAGCAUAUUUCAUGAUGCCUUUCAUUGCCACAUGUUCAGCAUUACUUUAUCAUAACUGGUACCCAUCCUCUGUAUUUGUUGGAGACACAUUCUGCUAUUUUGCGGGAAUGACAUUUGCAGUAGUUGGCAUUUUAGGACACUUCAGUAAAACAAUGUUGUUGUUCUUUAUUCCACAAGUUAUCAACUUUGUUUACUCAAUUCCUCAAUUGUUUCGUUUCAUACCAUGUCCAAGACAUCGACUACCAAGGUUUAACCCAGACACUGGUUUGCUAGGAAUGAGUUACAGUGUGUUUAAAAUGUCUGACCUUCAUCCGCUAGGGAAACUUAUACUGUCAGUGUUCAGCCUUCUAAGAUUAGUUACAGUGGAGGAAGGUGUUGGUGAAGACAAAAAAUCUACGCGUGUUAACAACUUGACACUUAUAAACUUUGUUAUCAAAGUGCUGGGACCCUUACAUGAAAGAACAUUGACAAUAAUAAUCAUGGGAAUACAGAUUUGUGGAAGUGUUAUUGCCUUUAUUAUUCGUUACCACCUUGUGAGGUUUUUUUAUGACAUUGAGCAGCAUUGAACUUAUCUUUGAUUUUAGUGUUAUGAACCUUUUAACUCCCUUGAAUGACCAAGAGAGAAUUUUUUCUUUACAAUAUAAGUGCAAUAUCAAGCAGACUAGUGAU